ACAGGAUCCUUGGAGUCUGGAGAGGAUAUAAGGCGGGCCGACUGGACCUCUGCACCUUUGUGAAGACGUGUGAACUGAACAAUGAGGGCUGUUGGUUUGCUGCUGCUGCUGCUGGCUCUGUGUGGGUCAGGAGCUCAGGGGGAGCUUCAGGAGACGGAGACCACAAAGACAACCACAGCUGACAUCUGGGCGGAGGUGAGGGCUCUGAGAGACAUGGUGGUGGAGCUCAAGGUGGAGCUGAGGAACGUUCAGGCCGCAGUGACGGACAGUGAGAGCCAGGUGGAGGAACUGAAAGCUAAGCUGAUGGUCACCAACGUGUACGUGGAGCUGCUGCAGAGAGAGAACUCAGAGCUGCAGACCAGACUGAGCAGCAGUGAGAGUGAACUUCUCAUCAGCAAGACCAGGAUCGAGACGCUGGAGAGAGAAAAUACAGAGAGGAAGGUGGCCUUUUACACAGCUCUGACUAAUGGAGGAACUGUUCGACCAUUUAACACAGACUUUACACUGAAAUACAGCAAAGUCUUCACCAAUAUCGGCGAUGCUUACAAUCCAUCUACAGGUUUCUUCACAGCUCCAGUCAGAGGGGUCUACUACUUCCAGUUCACUAUGAGUGGUCACCAAGCAGGUCACAUGGGUGUACAGGUGUACAAGAACAACCAGAGGAUCAUGUGGAAUGCAGAGUAUAAGCAAGGGUCAGGUCAUGACUACAUGACUAACUCUGUUGUCUUGGAGCUGAUGGCAGGAGAUGAAAUCCGCCUCGUUCUCCCACCAAAUUAUUCUCUCUGGGACGAUUCUAACAACCACAACACCUUCAGUGGCUCCCUCCUCUUCACACUGUGAGGAUCCUUCAGCUGCUGUCUGACUCCUUAUUGGCUACACCAGGGGCACACAGCAAAACCAGGAGUGUUAAUUCAACUCACAGUUUAAUACAGAGUGUUAAAUGUAACACUUUUUCUGAGUUUAUAUAGUUCUCAGGGAUUCUGAGUUAAUCAUCAUAGCUUACUAAAGUCUACGGCCUGGUGCCUAAACUUCUACAUUUUGCCAACU